CGAGGACACAUCCUUGUUUCACGCCAUUGGAGAUGUUGAAGCGAUCGGAAGUCUCUCCACCAGAUAGGACUUCCCCUGUUAUGUCGACAUGAAAGAGCUGGAUCAGUUUGAUGAAUUUUGCUGGGCAAACGAGCUUGCUGAGGAUCACCCACAAUGCGUCCCUGCUCACUGUGUCGAACGCCUUUGUCAGGUCUAUGAAGACAACGUAGAGACUCAGGUUCUACUCAAGGCAUUUUUCCUGCAUUUGCCUCACCGUGAAGACCAUGUCGAUGGUGCUGCGAUCUGGUUGGAAGCCACAUUGUGAUUCAGGCAGGUUCUGCUCUGAAACAGAUGACAGGAGUCUGUUGAGUAUAACAUGGGCUAGGAUCUUUCCGACAGUGGAGAGUAGUGAGAUGCCUCUGUAGUUGUCACAGGCUGCUUGUGAGCCUUUGUUCUUUUAUAGGGCUAUGAUGGAGGCAUCUCUGAGUUCUGAGGGCAUGUCUUCCUCCUCCCAUAUGCUGGUCAGCACUAUGUGGAAUGCCUGGAGAGCCUUUCCAUUUAAGGCCUUGGACACCUCGGUUGGAAUCCCAUCUUUACUGGGUGCCUUGCCUGCACUCAUUUGUUUAAUGGCUUUUUGGACUUCUUCUAUUGAAGGAGGGACGUCAAGUUGUUCAAUGGUGCGGUUUUGGGGAUCUGGUCAAGGGCACUUUGGUUGACUGAAGAGGGUUGGUUGAGAAGCUGACUGAAGUGUUCUUUCCACCUGUUGCUGAUGCCUUUUUUAUCUUUUAUGAGAGUGUCACCGUCAGAGGAUAGCAAGGGAGUGGUGGUGGGUUUUAAUGGCCCAUAGACAAUCUUGAGGGCACUGAAAAAAUGUUUGUAGUUUUUCGUAUCAGCAAAGCGCUGGAUUUCUUCUGCCUUUUUUUCCCACCAUCAGUCUUGCAUCUUCCUGAUCUCACACUGCGCUGUGGCUUGGAGAGACUUGAAUCUGUCCUUUUUGUUCUUUGUUCUUUUUGUUCUGUUCUGUCUAGAAAGGACAAGGUGAGAAGGAGAUGUAGUUAAGGUUCUCUAGGAGGAUGAGUUGAAGGAAACCAUGUGUGACCUGUAGAAAAGAAGAGAAGCCUUAUUGGGGGUAUGAUAUGUAUCUUCAAAUAUUAGAAGAAUUGGUGUAUGGAUUAAGAAUUAGCUGCAUUCUGUUUGGUUACUAAGGCAUAAUGAGAAGCAGCAACUGGUGGAGUUUCAGAAAGAUAAGGUAUUAGGCCUAGGCAGCAAUAUGACACCUAAUUCCACUUGGCUUCCUCUUCAGCUUUAAGGAGUUUAUUUUAGUUGGAAAGUUCUGAUUUCAGCCACAAUCCUAACACCAUGGCAGAGGCUGAAUUCUCUGCUUAAUCUUUACAUUUAUAUCUAUCUCUGGUAAACCCCUAGUCAAUCUGUUAUUGAGGCAAAUUUACUGGUGUUUCCUGGAAACAUUUGGCUAAUAGAAGGGUAAGUUAAAGGUCAGGCAAUCAGAGGGGAAAUUGGGGAGUAGGGCUGUGACCUUUUUAGAAAUACUUUCUUCAGCCUGGAUUCACCUUUCCUAGAUACCUGUAAGAGCCAGUGACUGUCUAGGCAUCUCUCAUCUCUUAAAGCAUGACUCCAUAAAUGCUCCAUAGGGAACAUUACUCCCUUAUCCCCAGAAAGGUUUACCAGACUAUUAACAGUCUGUUCUGAUGGUUUGAUUCAAUCAACAAAUGUUCUCACCUAGUCUUGGCACCAGAGCCAGAAUGAGGUGAUUUCAGCCCCUCCCUAACAGAAGGAAAAGUUUUUCACUGCAGGUCUUCAAGCAAGGCUGGAUGUCCACUCGAUUGGGUGUUGUGUAGAAGGGAUUAUUCCUCUUCAGAGCAAGAUUGAUUUUGUUACUUUAAAAUGGAGAAAUAUGAGCGCCUAGGACUGGUUGGUGAGGGGAGCUAUGGAGCAGUGAUGAAGUGUAGGAAUAAAGCCAACGGAAGAAUUGUGGCCGUCAAGAAAUUCCUGGAGAGUGAAGAUGAUAAAACAAUUAAAAAAAUUGCCACCCGAGAAAUCAAGUUAUUGAAGCAAUUGAGGCAUGAGAAUUUGGUGAAUCUUCUGGAAGUGUGUAAGAAAAAGAAACGAUGGUACUUGGUAUUUGAAUUUGUGGACCACACUAUGCUUGAUGAUUUAGACCUCUUUCCACAAGGCCUGGAAUACCAAAGAGUUCAAAAGUAUUUGUAUCAGAUUAUUAAAGGAAUUGAAUUUUGUCACAAUCACAAUAUUAUCCACAGAGAUAUAAAGCCAGAGAACAUCCUGAUCUCCCGGUCUGGAGUGGUAAAGCUGUGUGACUUUGGAUUUGCUCGCAUGUUGGGAGCUCCUGGGGAAGUGUAUACUGAUUAUGUGGCUACUCGAUGGUACAGAGCCCCAGAGCUUUUGGUUGGAGACAUAAAGUAUGGCAAGGCUGUUGAUAUAUGGGCCAUUGGUUGUUUGUUGAUUGAAAUGUUCAUGGGGCAACCCCUUUUUCCUGGGGAUUCUGAUAUUGAUCAGCUGUAUCAUAUUGUGAAAUGUUUGGGUAAUUUAAUUCCAAGACAUCAGGAACUGUUCUAUCAGAACCCACUUUUUGCUAGUGUGAAAUUGCCAGAAGUUGAAGAACAGGAGUCUCUUGAAAGCCAUUGUCCUAAGCUUUCUGCAGUGGUGAUUGAUAUGGCAAAGAAAUGUUUGCAGAUUGAUCCUGACAAGAGGCCCUUCUGUGAUGAGCUCCUCAACCAUGACUUCUUUAAUCAGGAUGGAUUUGUGGAAAGGUUUUCUAAGGAGCUAAAAUUAAAUAUACAGAAAGAUGCCAGAAAAUUUUCUUCAUCAAAAAUAUCUAAAAACAGAAAAAAGGGAAAAGAUAAUUCUUCAGGUGAAGAAAGAAAAACACUAGUUAUACAGGAUGUCAAUACUGAUCCCAAAGCUAGAGAUUCUAAAGUGAUCAAAGCAAAGGCACCAAAAACUGAUAGUGAAAAGAUUAAAAAACCCAGCCGAGCCUCCAAUCCUGGUUGUCUUCCCAACAGUGGAAUGAGUCAGGUCAGAAUGAUUCCUCCAGCCACUUUUGGAGUCCCUGGGAACAGCAGUGUGGAUUGCACAAAGAGACCUGGCACAGGGAUUCCUCCAAUUGUACACAAUAUUUCUGGCACUGCUUCCAGUAUCAGUUCAGGAGUGGGGACUAUUCCAGGAGGUCAUACUUACAGGGUGGAUGACAAGGCUAAAAAGAACCAUGUUCCAUUUGUUAGGCUGGGUAAACAUGAUCCAGCCACCUCUCUUAAUGCUAACCUGACCACACUGGUCUCUAAUGAAAAGAACAUUCUUCAGGAAAACAAGAAAAGAUGGGAAGUCUCCAAGACAGAGGUUCAUUUGCCUGAACUAAACUCUAAUUACUUCCCCGAAGUCAGAGGAAUUGAAAGCCCAGGUAUCAGGAUGCUCCCAGCCAGACUCUCCAGAAGCCAACUUCCCUCCAGUAGAGUACUCAAAUUGAAGAAUAUUGAGGACCUGUGUCACGAUUAUACUCCAAAAUCCAGGAUGACAAACUCCAGGAAUCAGACUGGUGACAUCCUGAGAGGAGAGCGGCACGGGCUAGAAUUUAUCCCACUGAAAUGCAUCAUUUUCCCUGGGAGCAAUGCUAUGGAAAUGAAAGGAAAACAAAAGGGCAAUGGUUUUCCAGCUUAUCUAAGACAGAUUCAGCAUUUCCCCACCAUCACAGCAAACCCCUCUCCCCCUUGGUAAUUGUGUUUCACAAUACCUUGGGAUGGAGAAGGGGACUCCUAGCUGCAUGAAUACCAUUUGCUGGUAGGAUGAAGAACUAAACUAAACUGAACAGAUCAGAAAGGGGUUAGGGAGGGUGAGGAAAAAUGUGGGGGGGACAAAGGGAAAUAUUUAUUUUUUUAAAGUUGAUGUUACUAAUAUGUUGAAGUCUCUGUAUUGUCUAAAAAAGGUAUAUGUUUGUGUGGGGGCAAGCUUGGUGGAAUGCUGGCCAUGAGUGGGAGGUCAAUGCCCUUUACCCUUGUUCUUCCCCACUUCCUUAUUCAGUUACACAAUACAUUAAAAUUUUUGUUCCUUUGCAUUG